GACCUAUAUUAGCGACGGACCGGAAGCAGCGUGUGCCGAAGGAUUUAUGUUACUGCAUCAUGUAAGUUUAAUUAACUUGCUGUAUGUCCUUAGAUUUAUAUGAUGAUAAACAACAAGCAUUCUAGCAGUUGUAGGACAAGUGUACUUUUUAUGGCCGUUUAUGUCUAGGACGUAUUAUUAUCUAUCCAUCCACUCCCAUUGCAACUUAUGUAGCGAGCUAGUGGGGCAUGACUGUAACAUCAGUAGAGGUUACAAUGUAACGUUAGCAAGCCAUUUACACAUGGUUAUAAUGCGAUGCAAUUGAUCUUUAUGGAGACAAUGUAGUUAGCUAACCAUACUAGACCUAUUUCAAGCAGAAGAGUCGGUAGGCUACUAUUAUUGUCUUUGAUUGUAGCUAGCUAGGUAUUUGAAGAAUGAUAGCUAGAUACCAACUGGGACAGCUACCCAAAUAUGACAGGUGUGACUAUAGAAGAAAGACAAUUGUGUCCAUGUAACUUGCUGGCUGUUAGACGGGAUUAAAGCUCUAACUAAUGCUCAUAGCCUCAUCUUGAGAUGACGUCAACCUGAUACUCUUUCUUACAGUCUGUCUGUCCACUUUACUGUCAUAAAGUAUUUCCAGCAAACAGAGAGGAUGUUGAGAAACGGAGCAGCACAGGUAAGUGUGCAACACACAUACUCCAGCUGUUCCCCCUUAAUCACUACUCUACUGAACUUUUGUGGCUGUGACUCCUUGGCUGACUGUAGUGUUCUGUCAUUAUGCUUCUUCCCUGCAGAUUUUCAGACAGCUGGCCAGACACCAGUCUACAGACACCAGCCUGAUCCUGGAGAGAUGUGAGUGUAGACCGUCAGGGCACUUUCUCAGAUUUUUUCAUCUAUUGAACACAAACAACCCAGACCAGCUGAUGUCUGUCCACUCCUCUGUCUUCCCCCAUAGCUUUGACCUGUGUGCACUCCUUAAUGUCUUCCCCUGUGGCUUUGACAUGUGUGCACUCUUCUUUGUCCCCCCCCCCCCCCCAGCGAUUAACCGUGUUCAGCUGCUGGGCCGCGUGGGGCAGGACCCUGUCAUGAGACAGGUGGAGGGACGGAACCCCGUCACCAUCUUCUCCAUGGCAACCAACGAGAUGUGGCGCUCUGGGGACGUGGAGACCUCCCCCGCAGGAGAUGUCAGCCAGAAGACGACGUGGCAUCGUGUGUCAGUCUUCAAGCCUGGUCUGAGGGAUGUGGCUUACCAGUAUGUCAAGAAAGGGUAUGCAUAUUUUUCACUCUGUGUCGCCCUGUAUACUGUGGGUUGUCAAUUUCUCAGACUUAGUUUCUAUUUCUCUGUCUUAUCUACUCAUUUCUAGAAGUGUCUUUGCAGUUAACACACGGAUGAUAACUGGUCUUAUAACAAUCUGCAGAAAACAUAUCAGUAACACAUUCCUUGGUUCUGUGUGCCCCUGCUCUAGGUCGAGGGUUCUGGUGGAAGGGAAGUUGGAUUACGGGGAGUACGUAGACAAGAACAACGUCAAACGCCAGGCUACCACCAUCAUUGCAGGUGAGAGAGGGGAACACACACUCAGACACAUUUCACAUUCACAGACAUACAUUUGAUAUUUUCAUAACAAUAAAAAAAAAUGAUUAUUUUCCCUUCUACAGACAACAUUGUAUUCUUAAGCGACAACAUUCGAGGGAAGGAUCAAUGAGGGAAGUGGUGCUCUUCAUCUAGGAGGAAGACUGAAACUCUUUUUGUAUAGCUACUCUAUUGUUUAUAUAUUAACUGACUGUGGAAGGAGCUGUGUGCCUGCUAUCUAAAUGGGACAGAACACAGUGUAACACCUCUCUGUUGGCUGUAGAGAAUGACAGAGGACUAUCUGGCCCAUUAUGGCAUCAGUGAGCGCACUGGCAGCACCAUUGAGGCCAUCUCC